GUAAUGCAGGAGACAGCAGCGAAUCUGUCCGCGGCUCAAGAUGGCAGAUUUUUAUUGAGUUCUGAACAGUGCUGUUGCUUCAUUUUUUGCCAUGAAUAACAGGAAUCCUUGCACCGAUGGCCCCUGUAUACGAAGGUCUUUGGUUUGAGGAGUUGUGCAAGACCGUAAGCUCAACAUGCAAACUAGACGACACAUCCAGGCAGAGAAAUAAACAGCCUAAGUAAUGCUCCUGCAAGCUAUGUGUCUCGUUUCCUGCUGGCACUCUCCCUAUCUUCACACACACUGCACGAAGUGUGUGCUCCCAGCCGCUCCGAGCUCUCUGAAGUGCACUGGCCCUGCUCUGUUCUGGAGGUAUGGCCUCGCAAGUGCAAGUCUUCUCCCCUCACACUCUCCAGUCAAGUGCCUUCUUUAGCGUGAAGAAACUGAAGGUGGAGCAGAGUUGCAACUGGGAUAUGACAGGGUACGGCACGCACAGCAAGAUCUACAGUCAGAACAGCAAGCAGAGUGCCUCAGUCGCCCCAGUGGGCAUCAACGGCGCCAGUCUCCAGGUCUCCAACUCUACCCUGUCCUACGAACAGGCCCUCCUCUUCCCGGCCGGCUCGGGGCACAUAGUGGUGGCCUCGGCCAGCAGCACAUCUGAGGUGCCUGGUCAACUGUUGGGCAGCACCGGCAGUAGUGGGAGCAGCAGCGGAGGCCACAACCUGACACGCCGCAGCACCGUCAGUCUGCUGGAUACAUACCAGCGAUGCGGGCUUAAGCGGAAAAGUGAGGAACUGGACAACAACAACGGCACUGGCAGUAGAAGUAGCGUGCACGUGGUUGAGGAGCAGCAGCCACCCGCACCCAUGAUCCAGAACAACGCGCAGAGCGGGGCCACUGCCGCGACAGCGACAGCAUCCACUACAGCGACAUCCAAGAAUAGCGGCGCCAACAGCGAGGGCGACUACCAGCUCUUGCAGCAUGAGGUGCUUUGCUCCAUGACCAACACCUACGAGGUGCUGGAGUUCCUGGGUCGAGGUACCUUUGGGCAGGUGGUGAAGUGCUGGAAACGUGGUACUAGUGAGAUCGUGGCCAUCAAGAUCCUGAAGAACCACCCUUCUUACGCACGGCAAGGCCAGAUUGAGGUCAGCAUCUUGGCACGGCUGAGUACGGAGAGUGCCGAUGACUACAACUUUGUAAGGGCGUACGAGUGCUUCCAGCACAAGAAUCACACGUGCCUGGUCUUCGAGAUGUUGGAGCAAAACCUGUAUGACUUCCUUAAGCAGAACAAGUUUAGCCCGUUGCCGCUCAAGUACAUCCGACCGAUCCUGCAGCAGGUGGCCACUGCCCUCAUGAAGCUCAAAAGCCUCGGACUGAUUCAUGCUGACCUGAAGCCUGAGAACAUCAUGCUUGUAGACCCAGCUCGGCAACCCUACAGGGUCAAGGUCAUUGACUUUGGUUCUGCAAGUCACGUCUCCAAAGCUGUGUGCUCUACCUACCUGCAGUCUAGAUACUACAGAGCACCAGAGAUCAUCCUUGGUUUGCCCUUCUGUGAGGCCAUAGACAUGUGGUCCCUGGGUUGUGUUAUCGCUGAGCUGUUUCUGGGCUGGCCGCUUUACCCCGGAGCAUCUGAGUAUGACCAGAUCCGGUACAUCUCUCAAACGCAAGGCUUGCCAGCGGAGUAUCUGUUGAGUGCAGGGACAAAAACAACCAGGUUUUUUAACAGAGAUCCCGACUCCACCUAUCCUCUAUGGAGACUGAAGACACCUGAGGACCACGAGACAGAGACUGGGAUCAAAUCUAAAGAAGCUCGCAAGUACAUCUUCAACUGCCUGGAUGAUAUGGCACAGGUGAAUAUGACCACAGAUUUGGAAGGCAGUGACAUGUUGGCGGAGAAGGCAGACAGGAGAGAGUUUAUCGACCUGCUGACCAAGAUGCUGACCAUUGAUGCGGACAAGAGAAUCACACCAAUAGAGACACUCAACCACCCCUUCGUCACGAUGACACAUCUACUGGACUUUCCCCACAGCACACACGUCAAAUCCUGCUUCCAGAACAUGGAGAUUUGCAAGCGUCGGGUGAACAUGUACGACACAGUCAAUCAGAGCAAGACCCCCUUUAUAACACAUGUAGCCCCCAGCACCUCUACCAAUCUCACCAUGACCUUCAACAACCAUUUAAACACUGUGCACAGCCAGGCCACCAACCUGGCUCCCUCUUCCACCAGUGCCACCCUUUCCCUUGCCAAUCCUGAUGUCUCCAUACUAAAUUAUCAAUCUGCACUCUACCAGCCUUCUGCGGCCCCUAUGGCUGCCGUGGCCCCCAGGACCAUGCCCCUCCAGCCUGGUGCGCCCCAACUCUGUGCCGCCCGACCAGAUCCCUUCCAGCAGGCUCUUAUCGUCUGCCCAUCUGGCUUCCAAGGUUUGCAGGCUUCACCCUCUAAACACACUGGCUACUCGGUGCGGAUGGAGAAUGCGGUUCCUAUAGUAACACAGGCCCCCGGAACCCAACCUCUGCAGAUCCAGCCAGGCCUUCUGACACAGCAGGCCUGGCCGUCUGGCCCACAACAGAUCCUCCUACACCCGGCAUGGCAGCAGCUCACACACACAUCCGUGCAACAUGCCACCGUCAUUCCAGACUCCAUGACCAGCUCGCAGCCUCUGGCCAACUGGAGGAAUUCACAUCCCCAUGGCAGCCAUUACAAUCCCAUUAUGCAGCAGCCGGCUUUACUGGCGGGUCGCGUCACCCUGCCCUCUCAGCAACCUCUCAAUGUGGGCGUGGCCCAUGUCAUGAGACAGCCAUCAAACAAUAACUCCUCCUCCAAAAAGAACAAGCAGCACCAGAUGAACAAUAGGUCAGCCAACACAAACAACAAUGAACUUUGGAGGAACCUUUCAGCGUACGACGUGUCCUCCACCCAGGUGGUGGCAUCACCUCAACGAUCCAAGCGAGUGAAGGAAAACACCCCUCCACGCUGCGCUGUUGUUCAGAACGGGCCAUCCUCUACCUGCGCCCCAUCACAGACCUGCGGGGGUGGAGGAGGAGGGGGAUGGGGGGGAGAGCAGGCAUCUAGCACCACUCGAGAUCACCAGGGCCAGCACAACCUGCCGCGCCACACCAUCAUCAUCCCAGACACCCCGAGCCCAGCCGUCAGUAUCAUCACCAUCAGCAGUGACACAGAUGAGGAGGAUGACCACAAACAGCCCACUAACACCAGCACGUCAUCCAAACAUAGGAAGAAUGUGAUCAGCUGUGUGACGGUCCAUGAUUCCCCUGACUCUGACUCCAGCAACACCAGCCCUUAUGCUGUGGAGUCUCGGCUUAAUGGCGCCAACGCCAACGGCUAUGACUCCAAAGGUGCAGUCUUGGACAACUACAGCAACGGAAACCCCCGCACCAUCAUCAUCCCCCCUCUCAAGAGCCAGAAUGGCGAGAACAUGGGAGAGUGUGAUAGACUGUUGCCUGGUGAGACACGAGAAGAUACAGUGAACUCCACCUACAAGUUCAAGAGCUCCAAUGGAGGUUUUUCUGGCAACAACCAUUUGUCAGGGGGCAUGGCUGGAGGCGGGUCAUACCGGCAGCAGCGUUCAGGGCCACACCCCUUUCAGCAGCAACCUCUAAAUCUAAGCCAGGCCCAGCAGCACAUGGCAGUCGAACGAAACGGAGGUCACCGGCGGCAACAAGCCUACAUCACCCCCACUAUGGCCACCCAGGCUCAGUACUCCUUCCACAACAGCCCCACCCACACAGCUAACGUCCACCCCCAUUUGGCCCCACCUCAUCUGCCUGGGCAGCCUCACCUCUACACCUACACCGCUCCCACAGCCCUGGGCUCCACUGGUACGGUGGCCCACCUCGUGGCUUCGCAAGGCUCGGCGCGCCACGCAGUCCAGCACGCCAACUAUCCUACAGGUAUUGUCCACCAGGUGCCUGUAAGCAUGGGCCAUCGUGUGCUGCCCUCGCCAACCCUGCACCACGGCCAGUACCAGGCCCAGUUUGCGCACCAGACCUACAUCAGUGCUUCACCUGCCUCUACUGUCUACACUGGAUACCCGCUGAGCCCAACCAAGAUGAACCAGUACCCUUACCUCUAAAGAUGAAACACUGGAGCCCAGCCAAUCGCUGCUUACCAUUUGUCCCCCUAACCCUGCCCAGAGACAGAGAGAAAAGCUAAACUUCUAUCAACCCUUAACCCCACCCCUUUGUUCCUUUGCUUAAACUUGAAGACAAAGAAGAUGCUGAUGGAUUGAGGGAGUGUACUCUGAGAGGGAAUGGAAGGGUACUAAGCAGAUUUCGUUUAGAUAUGUUUUAUUUUGUCUUCUUAAAGGGCCAGAUAACAUUUAUUUUUCAGAAUUUGGGUUUUAGUUUCUUUCAAAAUAGAAGUUGAAGAAGAAGUUUUAGCUUUCUUAAUUUCUUUUACAACAGGGUCUCAUUAACAGGCCAUUUGGGAGAGACAGAGUUUUGUUUGGUUUUCCCAUUCUUGAAAUCAUUCGCUGACUGUUGAGUCGAGAUCCCUAUGUGGAUGUUUGAAUUCCUAAGAGAAUUUUUUUUUGGAUAAGGUGAAAUACGGAUUUCUGCUGCUCCUCAAAGAAAAAAAAAAACAUAAUGAUGGCCUUGAACUGUCUUUAAUGUUUCCAAAUUACAUGCGGUGACUGGUAUGCUGAAUGGUAUAUUCCACCGCGCUCUCCGACAAACACCUGGGAGGAAUCUUCUGGAAAUAUGAUGAAAAGACAACAAAAAACUUUCUGGUGUAUUUACAGACUUUUCUUUAUUUGUGUUCACAUUUAGAAAAGAAAAUACUGUUUGUCAUACAGUACAACAUUAGCUGGCCCCCUUUUUGUAGAAUGUAGCAGUCUGCAUCCAUUUAUUUAAUGAAGAACCUUUCUGAUACCAAUAGAUUCUGUUUUCCUCUUUCAAUGUGAUUGCACAAAGUGGUUACAAUAACAUAGGCAUGUUCCACAUGGUAGUCGGUCGUGUGUUUUGCGUGCAUGUGUGCACGUGUGCUGCAGUCCGCCACGUGUGGUACACCCUUUGCACAUUUGUGCAACGUAUUCCUCCACAGUCUUAGGUUUAUCAUUGUUACCUCGUAGUGCCUUACAUAUAUUAUGACAGUUUACUUGGCUGGAAACCCUGUAGAACCAGAUGCUAGUCAGAGAGCUGGCUCCUAGGUUGAACAUCUUAUCCAAGCUGUUUUUUAGUUCCAGGUGUAAGCGUUAGCCCUAAAUGAUAUUUAUGCGCUAUUUCAUACAGUAAAUUCACAAAAAAGGUUCUUGUUUUGCAUGCAUAAGGUUGUUUUACUUUUAGAUAAAGAUACUUGCCUGGGGUAAUGAACCAAAGUCGUCACUUAAAAGUAAAUAUCAUUUGUUCUGGGUAGUGGAUAUAAUUAUAUAUAGCUCAUUUACUGUACAUACCAUAGCUAUACUUUUUAGUCACCUUGCAAUCAAUGCAACGUUACUGAUUUAAGGCUGUAAAUGUCAUAAACGGGAAAUUACAUGUAUAUUUGAUGGAAAAAGCCAAGUGUAACCAAGACCAACUUAGACCAGUAUGAAUUUCCAUGCUAGUUUAUGCUGGUUUGGUGCUGAUGGACCAGCACUGCUCUAGUGAAACUGGUUGCCCUUGCGAGGCUUGCCGGUUAAGCUAGUUAAGAAGCAUGGUGGGGACACCAACAUCCAAAACACAACAUACAGUACGCUGGUCUUUUCAGCAGGAUGGGCUGCGCAAUAUGCCUAUACUGGAAAACAUGGGCUAAAAUUCCGCAAGGUGUUCAAAUAUAGCACACCAGGCCUGGAGAGGUUUUUAGAAAAGAGGAACUGUUUGUGCAAGACUGGACUUAACAGUCUGUCUGAGCCUGGGGCCGAAAAUGGAUUAGAAACUGUAAACCUGUGAGGGUUUGAGAAAGAGAGAGAGUCUUGUUUGGGGUUGGAGAGACUAUGGUGCUUGUGGAUGGUGGUGGAUUUUGGUGGAAAUUGGUGGAGAGCAAGGGAAGAGGGCAAAUUCCACAUUUUUUAUGAGAGUAGCAUGUUGGCUUUGAGCAUGUUGGUCGAAGGGAGCUGUGCAGCAGUCACCACUGCAUGACUGCACACCAUACUCUGAUUCAAAUGUUCACUAGAGGUUCUGUGAAGAUCUCUGGGUUGUUAAUUCUCACGUGUACUCUAGGGGCUCAAAAAGCCCCCCUGCAUGAGCUACAACAACAUGCACUGGGACUACAUCAAAAUUGGCCUCGUAUUUUUUGUCACUAUUUGUACUUACCGUAGGAAUCACUUGUGAUAUAGGCGUCACAUAAGUAAAGAGAUAACGAAAGUGUAACGAAAGCGAAAACUGUAGGCCAAUGCUUGUGUUUUUGUUUUUGCUGCUUAAUUUAACAUUGAUAUAUUAGCCAGUCACUUAAUUUAAACUGUCUCCUAACCUGGCGCAAAACGAUCAAGUGACAAACAACAAAACCUUACACUAACCACGAUUUGCAGUGAUAAAGGAGUCAGAAGUCAUUCAUUUUUAAAGAAAAUUUGGUGAUUUGAAGCAGCAUGGAAUGGCCAUUAGCAAUGCGACAAUGUUAAAUAGACUUUAGCUUUAUGCAAAAACAGUGAAGCUCAUGUAAUUGACCUCAUGAUACAGUUGGAUACAGCAGUCGAGAAGGCACGCCUGCCAGCAACUACAGUACUGCUACUUGGCAACCUCCCAUGAUUUCAUUGCUGUCUGUGUUUCUAACCAGUCGUGACUGUGAGUUUGUUUACAUGCACAAUCUUACACCGAUUAUACUUAAUAAUCCGACAACAUGUAAGGUUUACCCACUACCCCAGUUUCACUCUGCAUGUAAACAACUUUACCAGCGUUCUUACUGGCAAUGUGCACAGGUGUUGUUCACAAACAUUAUUCACAAGUAGAGAAUAACCCCAUGCAAAUAAAAAUAAUGUAAACACUGUUGUCUGAUGUUGUAGAAAUUUUUUGAAUAAGCUGAUUUUAAAUAGUUUAGUUAUAGUCUGAUUUUUGAUAAUUAUUGGUUUACGUAUAAACACAUUCAUUGUGUUGUCGCUUUGUUUCGAUUUCUUCCUCUUCUUGGGGGAUAGUCCCUCCCACAAUGAAAUCUGAUUGGUCGAGAAUCCAGCUCCACAUACAGUCACUGUAAAUUAAAUAGCAGAUAUCUUGCGAUUGACUCCAAUUAUGUGGUGUCAUGUAGCAUAGCAAUCUUGUCGUUGCUGGAAACUUUGCAUCGCGAAGUACGUUCCUGUUGUGUUGUGCCUGGUUAGGACUCUGUGUGUUGGUUUUUCUUUUUAUGUCUUCAGAUUGUGGGCACAUGCUUUUGGAGUAUCGAAUAUAUCCCUUUUGCCCUCAUGUCAUACCAUAGAACUUGCAUUUGAAGCAGUUUUGUUUUUACGUUGUUGAGAUGUGUAUUUUACUGUUUUAUUUUGCUGUGUAUAUUGUGUUCUUGUAGAGAGCGUUGCAAUACUUUUUGUGGAUGUUUAUUAAUGCAAGUCUUUUCUCUUUUUUUUUGUUAUUUGUCAAGCAUCAUUUUUUGACUUCUGGUGGUUGAUAUGUAACCAUGAUGUUGUUGAAUAUUCAUAUUUGGACCCUUGUAUGGUAGAAAGCAUAGACUUGAGUCAAUGUGCUUGGCCAAGGUCUGACACCAGUUAAAUUCUACCUAGGCCUUCAUUUUUAAAUAGACGCUUUUGAUAGCUUAUCAGUUUGAUUCACAAAGCUACAGUAUGUGUUAUGUUGUAGCUGCCAUUAGAUUUUUUAUAUUCUGUUAAAUUUAGGUUUGUUUAGCUUCUUGGGUACUCAUUCAAGCACACAGUUAAAGAAAGACUCCUUCACUGAUAGUCACAAAAAAAAAAAAAAAAAAAACUUCCAUUCCAGAGGGAGCCAUUUCUGUCUCACUGCAUCUAUAGUCUCCAGUCCUGUCUCACCUCACAGGGACUAGCCUGUAUGACCAAAUCUGGGCUUCACUGGCAUUUAAGGACUUUUUUUUCUUCCCACCAAAGAUAAUCAACAUGUAAUGAAUGCACAGACUGGCUGUAAUGGAGAAGACUGUGUUUCACUGACAUUUGGACAACAUAAAAGGUUAGAUCAGGUCAGUGCCAGAAAGGAACAUGUAAAUGGAUAGCAUAAACAAAAUAUUAGAUACAGUGCACAUUCACAUUUACUUAGACCACAUUGCAGUUUUUACAGUGUCAGCACCAUAUGCAUUUUGAAAACCUGUUUGCAGUCCUGUUUGUUGCCACUAGUGGCACAGACAUUACACACUGCAACUUUCAUUUCUGCUUUUUUAGAGAUAAAUUAUAUAGAGUGGCCUAUGAAUUGAAUCUGAGUGAUUUCAUUUAAUAAAAUGGUCACUAGUGCAAAAUGAAUGUAAAAUUUUAAAACUAAAAUAUCUGAUUUACAUGAUUUUUGUUGUGUUAUGGAUAUCUGAUCAUUCCUGGACUUUGUUACAUCAGCAAGUAAUUAUUUGCAAUGCACGUUUCACUAGAACAACUUGAUCUAGCAUUACUUUGAUCAAUAUUACAAUGUUUGGAAAUUUCCAUCAAAUUACACAUUUAUUUCAAUGCAAGUUACAUCAUAGUUCAAAUCAUAGAAAGCCCUGUUGACCCUACCAAUGUCUGUUUUAUGGAAUUCUGAACACAGAGCAAAGUCAUAAUUUUUCAUGAUGUAAAACAUUUUUUGUUGGGUUUUUUUUUUUUAGUCUUAUUAUAAACAUUAAGUUAGAUACAUUUUAAAUUGUGAUGUCUUAGAAGGAUGCAUUCAUACAAUUUACAAUUCAUCUCUUAUGUAAAUUGUGCACCUUAAUUUCAUAGAAUAAACGUUACUAUAACUACAUGUUUGCAAACUGAGUUUUUCGUGCUACGUUUUGCGUUUCGCCGCAGUUUCCUGGUGAAAUUAACACUAGAGGGGCUACAACAACUGUGCAUUUUGCUUUUAGGACACUAUCUGUUAGGUUUAGGUGUUGGUUAAGGAUAAGAAUAUCUGUUUUUGUCAUUAAAACCUCCAUCUAACAUUCACCUUAAAAACCCUCUCUUACUAUGACACCAUUUCACUCACUUUUGGCGCCCCCCGCUGGACACUUCACUGGGAAACUGCAGUCAAACGUGUAAUGAGCAUGUCAUUUCUUUUUGCAAAAAUGUUGCCACAGUCAUGAAAUUUUCAUGAGAUCAGGCUGAAAUUGCCAUAUUAUGUAAACCAUCUUUUCACAAGUGAUUUUAAUGUCCAAAUACAUCCUUCUCUAUUAAGCACACAUGAAGUUUUAAAGAACCAUGGAUGUGCUGUAUUGGUCAUUAUUAUUAUUUUUUUUUUUUUUUUUUUUGUGAAGCUUAGCGUUUUCUUACAGAUUUGGGUUUAAAAUAUAUAACCAACAGUCAACAUGUAAAAUUCAGCGUUCCCAAAAGCAAUGGAUCCUGCCAAACUAAGGAUUGCAAAAACAUUCCUAAAAAACAUUGCUGGUCAAGUCAGUGUGAACUGUUAAAUGGAAACCGAAUCAUCACAGUCAGCUUAAGAAUAUUUCAAAGCAAAUGAUUAUGAAUUAACUCAAAGCUUGCAAUUAUCAGAGAGGAUUGUUAUUUCUUGUCAUUAUGUUCUUCGACGUACCACAGUACUGACACAUUUUGUUUAGCUUGUGUACUAUAUGUGUUUCAAAAUUAUUUCUUUUCAAUGUGUGUGCAGAAAGAGAAACAUUCGGGGUUUAAAGAUGCCAUUGAACUUAUCGUGUAUGAAUGUGCUAAGAGGCCAAAUAUGACAAUAUGGCUAUUCUCCAUAUUUUGUUUUAGAACUAAAAAAAAGCCCUUAAUGCCCAUAAAUACACAUCAUUCAACUUUUGUAUGCUUAUCUACAGCCCUGUUAGGAAAAUGUAUUAUGGAGUGAAGUGACAUAAAUGUAAUCAUCUGUAUGUAUUAAUUAUUACUGCAGUUUACAAGUGUAAAAACCAUCUUUUCACACUUGGACAACAAACACAAGUGAGUGCAAGUGAACUUCUCUGUGAAAGUUGUAAAGCUGUCUGUUCCCACACUGACAGAAAUGUGAUUUAUCCCACAAGUCGUCACGGUAACCUGUUAUGUAGCUGUGAUGCACUGUAGCCGUUUGUGCAGCCAUUUACGACAUGAUCAAUUUUCUACUUGCUCAGCAGCAAACAUUCACAGUAAAAUGUAAAAACUAUGUAUUUUUCUACGUCUCCAGACCUAAGAAAUCAUCCGACACCGAAUCCUAAUUUUGUCGAUUGCUGUAUGGUUUCUCAGUAGUGUGUUCCACAUUAGUUGUUGUCAAAGCUAUUGUGUGCUGCAGUAUUUCCAGGUAUACUUAUUUGUUUAUUGUCCUUUUUUUAAUGUUAUUAUUAUGAUUUUGCUUUGUUUAUUGGGGAUUUGUAGAAGUGUGAUGUCUUAUUAUUUCAGUCUGUUAAUGUAGCAUUAUAUGUACCCUGUACCUUAGGCUAAUAUUAAGUAUGCUAUGAGAAUGGAUAUUUUACUGGCUUUAUAGGAUGUUAAAUUGAAUAUAAUAAUUACAAUAAUAAGAAUGAUUUAACUCCUAAAAACUGAGUACUUGCUACUAAGCACUUGUGUUACCAUUACAAAUGUUGUGUGCUUCUCUUAAUACUUUUCGUUGUAGAAAAAAUGAGUGAAUUUUUUUAGGCUUCAACAACUAAUGAUAGCAGCAGUGUAAAUUCAUGGAGGAUUUUUAACAAACACCGGGGGUUAUAGAAGAAUAUAGUUAUUUUAAUCAUUCUGUUUAUAACUGUAGGGUGUGAAGGGGCUCGCGUCGUGGUGAACUAUGUUAUAGCUUGUUAUUCACUGUUACUUUUGAUCAUUUUUCGGUCUCCAAGGUGAAUCGAGUUAUUAAAGGAAAUUUGUAUGCUCACAUAUGCAUAUUGUAUAUGUGUAGAAAUGUAAUCACACUUUGUCUUGGAUUUACAUUAAACUGUUAAGUCAC